AUGUGUAUGGCUAAUCAUCAACAGUUUCAAGCAUGCUAUCAGAACUGGAUGACUCAACAGAAGCUCGACCAUGAUGAACUACUCCAAGGACUCACCAACUUCCCUACCGAUCUCGACUACCUCAAGCUCAUAACCAGAAAUGCCAUCAACCACAUCGAAAAUCACCACACCGCUAGAGCCCAGCUGGCCAAACAUGAUGGGCCUUCCUUCUUGGCUCCAACGUGGGGGACUACCUUUGAGAACUCGUCUCUUUGGAUUGGUGGUAGCAGGCCUUCCUUAAUCAUCCGACUUGUGUACGUCUUAUGUGGGUCGCAACUAAAGGCACACUUGGCUGAGUUUCUUGAAGGUGUUAGACGUGGAAACCUGGGAGAGAUAUCAAGCUCUCAGCUCAAGAACAUAGAUUCUCUCCACGGUAGAACUAUCAAAGAGGAAGAUAAGCUCACUUCAGUUUUGGCAAGCGUACAGGCAUAUAAUACAGCUUAAUGUUCCAUCUUAUGUUCCAAAGUUGUGUACUAGAGCGCAGUGGCGGAUCUAGAAAAUCCGCAUAGGGGUAACGUUUCAAUUAAAAGGGGUAACGAAAUCGAAAAAACGUCAAUUUUUCCAAAAUUUACACUACCGUCGGAGCGUCGAUCACCGGAGCGUAAAGUGGCAACGGAGGUUACCCCUUCUAUUACUCUAGGUCCGCCCCUGCUAGAGCGGACUUACA